UCAGCUCGGUCGCUCGCUUCACUCCACAGCUAAGCACAAACAAAUUUUGGAAAAAAAAAGGCUUUAUUCUAAUUCCAAUAUUCUCCUUUCAUUUCUCACCAAAAUUUUAUGAAAGCCAAUCCCUAUCCCUCUCUAUCUGUGAAAAUCUCUGCAAAGUAGGGAGAGAUUUUGGCCUUUAAUGGUGAGGAUAAUCCCUAUGGCUUCCUCAAUUCGACCUUCUCUCUCCUCUUUCAGGCUCUGUAAUUCCACUUCUCGUUCUUCUCUUUACGUUUCUUCAGUCACUUCUUCUCGCAGAUUCGCUUCUCUCGGUAGUGCCGCUCCACAAUCACAGUUCUUUGGCUUGAAAGCUUCUAAACCUUGGCGAGGAGAGAGUAACAACCUUGUGGUGGCCGCUGCCGGAAACAUGGCACAAGGAAGCACAAUUGCCUCCCAAGAAAAUUCUCUAGAGUGGGUAAAAAAGGAUAAGAGAAGAAUGCUACAUGUUGUUUAUCGUGUUGGGGAUUUGGACAGGACUAUCAAAUUCUACACAGAGUGUCUAGGAAUGAAGCUGCUGCGGAAACGUGACAUACCAGAGGAGAGAUAUACAAAUGCCUUUCUUGGAUAUGGACCAGAAGAUUCUCACUUUGUCAUAGAACUCACUUACAAUUAUGGAGUUGACAAAUAUGACAUUGGAACUGGAUUUGGACAUUUUGGAAUAGCGGUUGAUGAUGUUGCAAAGACUGUGGAGCUCAUAAAGGCUAAGGGUGGCAAAGUAACUAGAGAACCUGGUCCUGUUAAAGGUGGCAGUACAGUUAUUGCUUUUAUUGAAGAUCCUGAUGGUUAUAAGUUUGAACUUUUGGAAAGAGGUCCUACACCUGAGCCCCUUUGUCAGGUUAUGCUUCGUGUUGGAGAUCUUGAUCGUUCUAUAAAUUUUUAUGAGAAGGCUUUUGGCAUGGAGCUUCUUCGCAAACGGGAUAAUCCAGAGUACAAGUAUACUAUAGCAAUGAUGGGUUAUGGUCCUGAAGAUAAAAAUGUUGUGCUGGAGUUGACAUACAACUUUGGGGUCACUGAAUAUGACAAAGGAAAUGCAUAUGCUCAGAUUGCAAUAGGCACAGAUGAUGUCUAUAAAACUGCAGAAGCAAUCAAACUGUUUGGUGGGAAGAUUACCCGGGAACCUGGACCAUUACCUGGCAUCAACACCAAGAUAACUGCAUGCUUGGAUCCUGAUGGUUGGAAGACGGUUUUUGUAGACAAUAUUGAUUUUCUCAAGGAACUGGAGUGAGUUUUUAGUGGAGCAGCACCUAGAGCAGCACCCAAACCUGGAAUUAAAAAAUCUCGGGCCCAAAUGAUUGUCAAAAUUGGUUAACCUGUGAGAUAACGAUCAAAAUCCCGUUUUGUAGAUAAAAAUAUAGCCUCGUUCACAGUGACCGUAGCAAUAAAAAUCUACCCGGGAGCUUUGCAGCCGUGAAGGAUAUUGGAGAUCAUACUAGUAUCUGUUAAAUCAUCUUCCCCUAUUUCUUUGGUUAGAAAAUUAUUCUUGCAAAAAAACUCAUGCCUGAGCAGCUUAUAAAUGGCGCCAAAAAAUGUCUUGUAAAAAGUUUAGUUCGUUCUUUCAAAAGAAGUAUUCAGAUGUUUGGUCGCAAAGAAAUGCAUUGGAUAGAUGUGAUUGUUCAUUCUCCUUA